CCUCACACUCGGGUUGUGCUUGCAGUAUGGAGGCGGGCAGCGUCUCGACCGCCAUCGCGCUCAUCGUGGGCUGCUGCGUCGGCGGCGGCCUCAUUAUUUACGCUGCGAUUGCCACGUACUCGCGCUGGACCCACCGCCCUUCCGACUGCGAGUGCGACCCUGAUUGUCAACGAAAAAAUUCGGACUUAUUGCGCAAAAUAGCUACAUUGCGCAUUUACAUGGCCUCAAGCGCGAAGACAUUGAAGACGAGAGCCUUGAAAAAGCCAAGUGGCUGUGCGGCGUUUGCCGUUUUGCCAAUCUCAAGCAGAACGAAUACUGCAUGCUCUGCGAGACGAAGCGCGGUAUCCUCUUGGACGUCUUUGCUACCACCACGCCGAGCCCGAUCGAGAGCUGCGUGGUUCAGUACGAUCAACUCAACAGUCUUCAGGCGGGCGCCGUAUCGCGAAAGCUCUGGACGCGGAGCCUCGACAUUGCGGGCCUUGCCUUCUGGAAAGCUAAUGACGUCGCGCUCGGGACCCAGUACGUCAUCGAGUCGGUCUACGCGUGCGAUGAGAUGAACCUCGCGAUCAACCAGCUCACGGAUGCGAGCGCCGGGAAAACGCUCCUCGGCGAGAUGCUCCCGCUGUGGUGGUUCAAGCACCUGAGAGCGCUCUCGGACCUCAAUUUCUCGCUCAAAUAUGCCUGGCUCCUCGCCCACAUUUCGUCGAUCAGCAUGAAGUACGCCCAGCUCAAGGUCUACCGCGACAAGAUCUUUGACGAGUCGCUCUACAUUCUGCUCCACAUGCAACCCGCCCAGCUCUGCACCCUCACACGCGUCACGAUGCUUGGCGAGAGCGGCGUCGACGCUGGUGGCAUCCAGCGCGAGUGGUACACUGUUCUCACAGCCGCCGUCUUCGACCCCGCCAAAGGCCUCUUUGUGCUCGCCACCGACUUCGCGUACGCUCUCAACCCGACCUCGGCGACCGCGUACGGCCCCGACCACCUCCUCUGCUACCGCGCGAUCGGCCGCCUCCUUGGCCGCGCGGUCCUCGACGGCCAAGUCCUCCCGUGCCGCCUCGCGCUUCCGCUCUUCAAAGCCAUUCUCGGCACGCCACUGAGCCUCCAAGACGUCCGGUACCUCGAUACGCAAACGUACAGCAGCCUGCAGUACCUUCUGGAGCACGACGUGUCGGAGCUCGGACUGGACUUUAGUGCGGCAAUGCCUGCGACGCUGGAGGUGGUCGACUUGGUGCCGAAUGGUCGGCAGAUCGCCGUGACCAACGACAACAAGGCGUCGUACGUCGACUGCAUGGUGCGGCAUCUGCUCUUUGACCGCGUCGCCGCGCAGCUCACGAGCCUUCUCAAAGGCGUGUACGAGGUACUACCGCAAGAACUGCUCAUGCCGUUCGACUACAAGGAGCUGGAGCUCGUGCUGUGCGGCGUCGCAGAGGUCGACGUGGCCGACUGGAAGGCGUCGACGAGCGUCUCGACGACCUUGCGGCGGUCCGAGAGUCUCAACUGGUUCUGGGACGUUCUCGAGCACGACAUGAGCCGCGACGACCGGUCGAAACUGCUGCAGUUUACAACGGGGUCGUCGCGCGUGCCGGUGCAGGGCUUUCGGGGCCUCACGAGUUACGACGGGACACUCUGUCCGUUCUCGCUCCAAGCCGUGGCGUAUUCCGUCGGUGUGUUGCCCAAGGCGCACUCGUGCUUCAACCGGCUCGACUUGCCACUGUACCCGACGCGGGCCCUCAUGCACGAGGCGCUCUUUGCGCUCGUCGAAAUCGAAAACCUCGAGUUUACCAUAGUCUAGUCGUUUAGGACUCUGUCGCUCUAUAUAAACUGAAUUGGCAUCUUGUCGAUAACGCUGGAAACCAGGCGCGUUCAUGCUGCAGUC